AUGAGCUCAGCAAAUGAAUGGUACAUUUCAUUUCUGGAAAAUCGAGGUGUUGAAAUCAAGAGGAGCAUUACUGCCGGCACAAUUUCUGAUGGAUAUGCGGUGCGAAUUGGAAGGCUAUUCAGCAAUGAGCUUCUCGAUGGUGUAGAGUAUCGGAUCAACGCGUUCUUCUAUGAUCUUGCAACAUCUCAAAUGUUCGGAAGACCAUGUAACACAAAAUGGACGUAUGCUAAAGAAAAGCGAUGCGAAUUUUUUGAGGAAUUAUAUUUCCAUUGUCCAACUGUGGAUGACAAGAUUCUGUUGAUUUUGCAAUUUGUGGAAAAAGAAAAAUCUGAAAUUUCGCCAUUUGUCGCACCGCUCAAAGAGCCAUUAAUAUCGGCAUCUUUAGAUGAAAUAUCGAUAUUUUUCGGUCAAAAUGCGAAAAAAAUCGAAGACACAAUAAUUGAUGAGAUACUUCGAGAUAGACACUUAAAAGACAAUUUGCCCCCUAAGACCUUCACGAGAGCUUCUGUUGUGGAUAGAAGACUGAAGAUAGGGGUUCAUAAUGGAUUUUGCUAUUUAUCAGAACCCCUCUGUAUUAGUUUGACGGCAACCAAUACCAAUCUUGUAUCAAAUAAUUCAACAAUUAAGAAGCGAAGAGCAAUGAGCUCUACAGACUUAAUAGCUGGACCCGUUGCAAUGUACAUCAAUUCUCGAGUUUCAAUUCCAAAUUUAAUUGAAGAUCCACGAAUCGCCUUAAUUCUUAUGGUAGAAUAUACUUUUCUAUACGAUGAUGACAAAAGGGUUACCCACCCAAUUCUGAUUGGUUGGGGAGCGUGGAAGCCAUUUGCGACUAGUAUGGAGCGACAACAAUAUGCUCACGCCACAGUGAGCCUUAUUGGAGGACCUCGCCCUAAUCCAGAAGGGGUACUCUGCUUCAGAAAUCUUCUUCAUUUGCAAAGAUCGAUGGACAACGCCUACACUGAAAGUCAUCCACAUAUGACUAUUGAAUUCACUUUCUUUGUCGAUCAAUUAGAUUUUGAAAGUCGUGUUCCAACCAGCUGCGAUAAUCAUUCGAUAUUGGAUCGUCGAACCCCGAAAUCCGAAAGGUCUUCGAAAUCGCAGAAACUAGCAUCGAAAACUGACUUGGACGAAAACAAAGACGAAGGCGAAAAGCUUCCGCAAAUUGAGACAGCGAGAUCUCAUACGUCCGAAGAAGAAUUGUUUGCCAUAAACGAAGAUUUGAACAAAAUCAUACCUCCGCCGAAAGUUGAUGAUGACUUGCUGAAAGAUGAUUCAAAGUCCAGCUCUGUAUAUAUGAUUCCGUUCGAGGCUACAAAACCGUCCAACUUUCCUCGAUCAGUUCAUUCUAUGUUUGCUCGUCUCAACUUUCAACCACUGCGAGAUCGUACUGGAGCAAUUCCAUCAACCGAAGACGUCAAUGAAAAGAUUUUGAUGGACGUGAAUAGGGAAAAGAAUGAUCGAUUGGACGUGUCUCAUUUCUUUUUCCAAUUCAUUGCAGUCAAGAAACUCGUCACAAAAGGUCAUCAUCCAAACCUUGCUAAACUAUUCUUCACUAUUCAGUUUUAUCGUUUCCACGAGCUCUCAACAGAAACAUUACUUCUAGCGACUGAUGAGAAGUACGAGCCUUCAAUUUUGAAACGGAUCGACAAAAACGGAGAGCCAAUUGGCGGUUCUCCGGGAUUUAUUGCAAAAUUUAUUAUUGAAGGUGACGAUGAAAAACGCGAUUUUGUUGAUUAUUUAGCCAGUGGGAAUGCAAUAAUCGACGCCUGGGAUGCUGAAUCUCUAUGUCACGUUGGAACAUCGAUAAUUCCUCUAAAGAACCUAUUGCGUCGGGGUCGCGAAGCAAUACAGCUCUACCUUCAGUGUCCAAUCGUUGACAGCUCAAACAAGCAUAAUUGCUUGUUAUAUAUAAGGCUGGCAAAUAUUGGACAUCCAGCAGCACAUGUAUACGGUCUGCAACAGCAGCAUCCACAACCGCAUCCGCAACACCCACAACCGCCUUGCCUUUUCACUCUUGUGUUGUCGUUCAAAGUAUCAAUGGCUGUCGUUAAUGGGGUUGUCGUUUCCUCGGAGUUUUGCUCAUUUCUCAGCGAAAACGCGUCAAUUGCGUCGAACUCAUGCUCGGUGGCACGACGGUUGACGUCGACUAACAAGCUUGCCGGCGAAGAAGGGCCACACUCUUAUAGGGUGCAGGCGAAGCCGCUGAACACGUUACACAAAUCACAACUCGAUCGAUUUUUGACUGCCCAACGACUUGAUAUUCAACAAAGGCAUGAAGAAAUAUUCAAUUCCUCGUCAUUAGACAAACUGAAACAGUGGAAUAAACUCAAAAAUGAUUUUCCGUUUGACAAUAAGAAAAUCUCGCAAAAGUUUAUUUUUGAAGAGGAGCUUGCAGCAUACAGAAAACUGAGAUAUGAGAGCAAACCUGCCAAGCUGUUAGAAGCUGUCUUUAAAGGAAUUACGGUUCGCCACGAAAUCCAUCCGUCAUUCGGAGAAAAAGUGUUCUUCGAGUUUCCUUUGGAAAAUACUCUCUCUGAGCCGAUUAAUUGUGUUGUUGAAAUUGAUGAUCAAGCGUUGAGACCGGUACUUGAUCAAGAUGAAUGGGCAUUUUAUAAAACUCUCAACAAAAUUCAAACGCCGAUUGAGAAAAAUAUGAUUCGAGAAACGAGUGAUAAAAUCGAGGUGUUUCUUAAACCGGGUGAAACCGUGUUCAUUCCUUUCGUAUACGAUUCAUUCUUUUUUGCCAACGACCAUUUCGACAUGUAUUCGACAAAGAUAAUUUUCCGUCGCUGGGAUAACCGUGAUCCAAUAUCGAUUUUAGAUUUGCAUGUCUAUCACCGCAAUUAUUUGCCCAAUCAUAGUGUUGUUUUCAUCGGCGAGUCGAAUUCAAGCCUUCAAAAACAAUUGGUCCUUCCAACAUUGUCGAAAGAUCGAAGGGUCAUCUCGUGUCGAUGCUCGAAUCCAGAGGUUCGAGUUGGCUUGAAAAACGCGUCUUUGAAACAAAUCGCGCAUUUUACGACGUUUGUUGGAGACGUUGGUAGCCGCAGCACAUUUCUCAUACUCAUGUACAGUGAUCACUAUCAGUUUCGUCUCGUCGCCGUCUGGAAAAUCACAAUCCUCUCCUAUCAUCGCGUUGAUCUUCGGGGGAUUGUGGGGCAAUCAUCACGAGCUCAACUUUCGAUUCAACAACAGUAUAGGUGGGAUUCAGUUUAUUCACAAAUAUAA